AUGAGUCUAGAAGCCAAUCUACACUCAUUGAAAAGAACACUUCGUUCAAGAACAUUCUGGCAAUGGAUUCUGUUCGCCGCAGGCAUAUAUCUCUUAGUGCGACUGCUACGACCUCCUCCGCGAGCACCCGUUCGCCAUACGUUUGAGCCUCUGCGUGUCACACCGCUCGGUGAAGAAUCAGAUGAUGGCAUUGAUUGGACACGCUAUGCAUACGUUCAAUAUGUUACUGAGAAGGAAUAUCUCUGCAACAGCUUGAUGAUGUUUGAAUCUCUGCAUCGGCUGGGCAGCAAGGCAGAACGUGUCUUGCUCUAUCCUCAACAGUGGGAGUUGAAUCCGAAGCCGGCGACGUGGGAAAGCAAAUUCUUACGACAGGCUCAAGAUCAAUACAAAGUCCACAUCAAACCAGUCAGACCUCAAUACACAGAGUCAGGAGAUGGUACAUGGGCAGAGAGUUUCACCAAGUUGUUGGCAUUCAAGCAAACUCAGUACGACAGAGUUCUGAGCUUGGAUUCGGAUGCGACAAUCUUAAAGUCUCUUGAUGAGCUCUUUCUUCUGCCUGACCAUCCAGUGGCAGCACCGCAUGCAUACUGGCUUCCUGAUCCUGACACGAUCUCGUCGGCAAUUCUGCUGAUCAAGCCAUCCAUGGAUGAAUUCAAACGUGUGAUGAAGGCCAUGACCAACCGUUCAAAUUCAAGUGAAUUCUACGACAUGGAAGUAAUCAACGACGUUUACGCUGGAGAGGCAAUGAUCUUGCCCAACGAACAUUGGGUUGUAUCUGGAGAAUUCCGGCUCAAAUCUCACCACAAAUACCUGGACGAAGGCGAGAUCUGGGAUCCCGACAGAGUGUUGAACGAGACGAAGCUUGUUCAUUUCUCAGACUGGCCGCGGCCGAAGCCAUGGUUCCCCAUAACCGAAGACAUCUUCCUCAAAACGCAACCAACCUGUGACACUAUAAUAGGUUCGGCGCACAAGGACUGUCGUAACCGCGAUGCUUGGAAUUGGUUGUACAAUGAUUUUCAAGAGCGCAGAGGGGAGGUCUGUGGUUGGACAUUCACCUUAUAUUAA